UCUUACACACACGUAGUGGGUGCACUGUUGUCAUACAAGUGCUGUUGAAGAGGGCGGAAACCUUUACCUUUACCUUUACUAUAGGUAUGUCGAGUGUUGUGCGUGUGUGAGACCGGGCGAAUGAACAUAAUGACGAGCGAAAGGGAGCACGACGAGGAUGGGGCCGGAUAUCGCUAUCGCGAUGAACUCUUAAAGGCGAAGCUUAAGCGUCUUCCAAUUUUUUCAGACGGUGCCAUAUACAAGGAGCGCCUCGCAUUGCUCUUCUUGGAUCUCAAGGUCACGAAUGUGCUUCCGCAGUACAAAUACCGUGCGGGAGUUGAAAUCGCGGAGAAACUUACACGACACCUGUGGAGUGGAGUUUAUACCUGGAAUGCGAUGAACGUCCUGCUGUCUGUUAGGAGCGUCCGCGACGGCGAAGUGCUCCGCGGAGCGCUGCAUACCAUCUACCGGAUCAUGCCACUCAUGCUCUCUAAGAUAGGUGUAGACGUUUCCAACAGCGACCAGCCUCUGGACGCUAUACGGGACUUGUACCUGCGACUCGGCAUAACGGGUCAUCGGUGGCAAGGUGACGGCGCCACGAACUGCGUCUCGUACCUGCGGCCGCCUCAGAGGCUCUACAAUGUCAUCAAGGACCGCCAGUCGGAGGUUCCUCGGAGGUAG